AGUUAUACCUAUAUCUGGAUAUUUUUAAUAUUCAAAACCUUCUGCAAUAUACACAGUUACAUUGUACAAAAAUGGAGGUGUAAAGAUAUUUCAGGCUGCAGCAGAUAUUUGAAAUUACUUUUUAAAAUAGCAAAACAAAACAACUCUUGGCUACAAUAUGGAUGAUGCAGAAAAUAAUGCGAAACUUUUUCAAGAGACCUGUAUGGAUAUAGAUGAGACAAAAGUUGCUGAAAUAGAUGGAAAUGAACACUAUGCAGCAGAGGACAUUUUGACAGACGAUCCUUCCGUUAAUACUUUGCUGUACAACGUUAAUGAAGUACCACCCGCUGCAAUCGUGUUCUCAACAGCAAUGCAGAAUAUUCUGUUAGGGUUAGGCGGGGCUCUGACAACUGCUUACGUCAUUUCAGACGUCAUCUGUGCCGCACCUGAUCAUCCGAUUAGAGCAAAGUUGUUUUGCACAUCAUUGUUCAUGACAGGAAUUUGUACAACGCUACAACCCCUUGUGGGGAUACGACUGUCCGUUUUCCAAGGAGUGUGUUCAACUUUUCUCAUACCGUUGAUGGCGAUGAAGACCGACAGUCGUUGGCAGUGUGAUAACGUUUUUCAGAAAGGAACUGGGAGCAAUAUUCAUAAUAUGACAGGAAAAGGAAAUAGUUCCCUGCCAGAGGCCGCGGAGGAGGAAAUGUAUUUUAAACUGCGGGAGAUGAUGGGCUGUCUGAUUUAUGCAUCUCUUGUUGAAGUGAUUGUCGGCUUGACUGGGCUUGUUGGGAUUCUACUCCGGUUCAUUGGCCCGUUAACAAUCUCCGUCGUGGUGUCUUUAAUUGGUUUAACGCUGUUCAAAAUACCGAUGAUAUACGUUCGAACACAUUGGGGACUGUCAGCCUUAUGUAUAUUGCUAACAAUAGUGUUCAUGCUAUACUUGGACAGAGUCGGUAUUCCAUGUCCAAAAUUUUGUGCAGCCAUGAAACAUAAACGAAACAGGAUUCCGAUAUUCCAGAUGUUUCCGAUAUUGUUGGGCAUUUUGAUCACGUGGUUGGUAUGCGGAAUUCUCACAGCCACUAGUGUGCUUCCAGAUGACCCUGACCAAUUGUCUUACCGAGCUAGGACCGACAUAAGAGACGGGAUUAUACAUGCAUCACCCUGGUUCUACAUUCCAUAUCCAGGUCAGUUUGGUACGCCACUUUUCAAUUCAACAAUUUUUGUUGGCUUUUUAUCCGCCGUUAUUUCAUCGAUUAUGGAGUCCAUUGGUGAUUAUUACGCAACAGCCUUUGUUUCAAGAGCACCACCGCCGCCGCAUCACGCUGUAAACCGUGGGAUUUUGUUAGAAGGGCUUGGGAGCGUCAUUUCUGGUGUAUUAGGUGCUGGUCAUGCGACGACGUCAUCCACUUCACAUGUUUCAUUGAUUGGUAUUAGUAAGAUUGCAAGCAGAUCAUGCAUGGUGUCAUCAGGUGUAUUGUGCAUCGUCAUGUCUUUGGUUGGCAAAUUUGGUGCAGUGUUAUCCACUAUGCCCGAUCCUGCGAUAGGUGGCGCAAUGUUUGUAACGUUCGGAAUUCUCGGUGCUGUAGGAAUAUUCUCAUUGCGAUCAGUGAAUUUGACGUCAUCACGGAAUUUGGCGAUAUUUGGAUUAUCUCUGUAUGCAGGCAUAGUUGUACCUGAAUGGGUGGAACGGUAUCCGGAAGCUAUAGAUUUGGGUAACCCUACGUCAGACGGUAUCGUCAAAGGAAUUUUAGGAACUCCUAUGUUUUUAGGAGGGUUCGUGGCAGCUAUAUUAGACAACACUGUUAGAGGAACAUUAGAUGAAAGAGGUUUCCACAGCCGAAAGCACAACCAAGGCGACAAAUUCUUCGUGGUGUCAAAAUCGGAAACAUAUGAUCUACCUUUCAUUGGGACAGUUAUAAGAACAUUUCCUUGUCUGCAAAAGCUCCCAUUUAUUCAGAGUCUUAAACAUGAGUGACGUUAAUGUUAACAUUCACCAGCUUUCCAUUUUCUAAAAAAUAAACAGGAUUUUUUUUCAAUUUUAUUUAUAUUACAUUUUUGUUGUUACUUCAUUUUAGAAAGGUAACAGAUUUAUACUUACAUAACCAUCGUCUAAGCAUAUAUACUCACAUGUCAAUUACAAAGUUCAUUCUAAGCAUACUAGAGAUGAAGAUACAUUUGUAUUUGCCUUUAAAAUACAACAGAAUUGUUGUGGGUGUUCAGAAGUAACAAUCAAAAUCACGAAUAAUAGCGUAUUACUGUAUUAAAACGAAUUUUAAACAUUAUACGGUGAGUGAAACUUCUAACACACGUGUAAUAGUUUCGACAGUAUAUCUUAAAUUC